ACCAUCCCCUCCACGUAGAUCUCCUGGCCCACCACACGUGGCGCUUCUUCCCCUCCCCCUCCCCCUCUCCCUCCCCUUUUAUACACACACUCUCUUUAAUCUCACAAACCCCUAGUCCUUGUCAACAAUCAUCAAUGGCAACAAAGCUCACUCUAAUCUCACUCUUCUUCUUUCUCCACUCCGCCGCGUCCGCCAUGUAUUCUUUUGAGCUACUGCACCGAUUCUCCGACGAGCUCAAGGCGUUUGGGCCCGUCAAAAGCGCUGCUCAGUGGCCCAAGAAAGGUACUCUUGCUUAUUACAAGAUGUUGGCAGCUAAUGAUGCUUGGAGACGCAACAACAUGAUGAAGCUCGUCUCCGAUUCUUCCGUCGUGUUUCCGGUCGACGGAAGUGAUACCCAAAAUCUCGGAAAUGCCUUCGGAUGGUUACAUUACACCUGGAUUGAUAUAGGAAUGCCAGCUGUUUCUUUCUUAGUUGCACUGGACACAGGAAGCGAUCUAUCUUGGGUUCCUUGUGAAUGUGUACAAUGUGCUCCUCUAUCUGCCAGUUUCUAUGAUCUGGAUAGGGAUCUUCAUAUGUACAAUCCAUCUAGCUCAAGCAGUGGAAAGAUAUUACCUUGUACUCACAAGUUAUGUGAACUGGGUACAAGUUGCGGAAAUCCAAAGUCCCAAUGCCCCUACAAUGUUACGUACCUAUCAGAAAACGUAUCAAGUUCCGGGUUGCUGGUUGAAGACGUUAUACAUCUUGUAUCACGCAGAGCAGAGGCAUUAAACCACUACGUUCGUUCGCCAGUUAUUAUAGGAUGUGGUAAAAGGCAAGGUGGUGAAUUCCUGGAUGGGAUAGCUCCUGAUGGUCUUCUGGGCCUGGGAGUAAGAGAAAUUUCAGUUCCUAGUUUUCUUGCGAAAGCGGGGGUUAUUAAGAACUCAUUCUCUCUAUGUUUCAGUGAGCAUUAUUCAGGCAAAAUAUAUCUUGGGGACCAGGGACCUUCUACCCAGCAAACAACAUCGCUUCUCCCCUUAGAUGGAAAAUUUACAACCUAUAUCACUGGUGUGGAGGCAUGUUGUAUUGGGGAUUCAUGUCUUAAUCAAACAAACUUUAAAGCACUAAUCGAUUGUGGUACAUCAUUUACACAUUUUCCUAGUGAUGUGUAUGAAAUAGUUGUCAAGGAGUUUGAUAGGCAAAUAAAUUCAACCAAAAUCAGUAAUGAUCCUUGGGAGUAUUGCUACAACGGCAGUUCUAGUAGGUCGUCGAAGGUCCCGUCUGUGGUACUUAAGUUUGGCAAGAAUAACACCUUUGUUGUUCAUACUCCCGUUAUUGACAUAUUUGAUGAUCAGGGAAUAUCUGGAUUUUGUUUAGCCAUUCACCCCACAGAUUCAAAUGUUGCUUUAAUUGGACAAAAUUACCUGAGAGGAUACCGGAUGGUGUUUGACAGAGAGAAUCUUAAAUUGGGAUGGUCUCCAUCCGAUUGCGGCGAUGAUGACAGCAGCGAAAGUUCACCACAUUCUCCCCCACAAAAUGGUUCUGCCUCGAAUCCAUUUCCGGAUUUGCAGAAUGCAAUUCACCAUGCUAAUGCUGGUCCUGAUGAAUCUAUAGCAACGCGGCUCACAGCAGGCAGACUAAUUAACAUGUCAUAUCUGGAAAAUCUGUUGCUUCUGCUGCUAGCGUUCCAUCAACUUGUUUGUAUAGCUUGAGUUAUUCAGAACAUAAGUGCCUGACCAAAAUAAAAAAAAAAUAUUUGAAAUUUACAUGA